CAGAGGCUCUCGGUAGCUAUUACUCUUCCCGCUUGUUUUGCGUUCCAUCUCCCCUCAAUGGCGUUUGAUGCUGCCGACAGCUCACCCCCUUCUCGUUCUCACUUCAAAAAAUCAGUUUCUUUGCGAGACUGGUGGUUAACUAAGCCCCAAUCAGACGAUGACAGAAAUACAAUAGGGGUUUCAGGACUCACUUCCACUUCGCAACUGAAUCGGGCUGAACGCUGCUUCUCUUCUGCACCAAUCGUCAAGGCGUACGAUUUCUUUGAAUUAGAGACUGUUGAUGGUGUAUGCGUCUCUCUGCAAGGUUACAUCAACAAAGAGAAAACCCUUGGAAGUGGAUUUUCCUCAGAGGUGUUUGAUCAUUUUGUUGUUGGUUUUCCCUCAUAUUGGGAAGAAUUUUCUACAAGUUGUCGCCAAAGAAGAUCUUCUGAUGAAUGUGUUUCAACAGAACACGAAGAUGAAAAACACUCCAUUGAACAACAUGACAAGUUUCAUGAUAUGAAUACAAGAGUUGAAGAUUGUAAAGAUAAAGUUUUGAGCAGUAAAUCUACCAGUGUCUCUCCACAUGGACCCACAGAAACAGAGUGUUACAGUGGCAAAAGAUCUAGAUCAGGGAGAGUUCUUUUGCCUUCCUUGGAAUUCUGGCGCAACCAAACAGUGGUUUAUGAUGCAGGAUUGGAUCGACAAGUUACCGGAGUUUCUGUGGCAGGGGAUCAUGGCAUUGGCAGGGGGUGUGUUAGUGGCAGGAGCCAUGGUGGAUGCUAAACCCCAAUAAAGUUUACUUGUUCUAGAAGGGGUAAUUUUGGAAAGGCAGUAAAACCAAAUUAGAUUCCUAGGAGCAUGAAGGGUAGUUUAGUAAUUUGGUGUUUGUUACGUGAGUAGUAGUUAGUGGGUAGUGGGAAGGGAGAAUAGUCAUGCAUUUUUUAUAUUAGAUAUUUUGUAUUGGAUAGACUAGCCACUCGAAUCGCUAGAACCAUUAGGGUUUAUCCCACCAUUUGAAAACAAUACUGGUUUUCAUCGAUUGCUCUUUUUGAUUCUUAUGAGGUGGUGGUUGAAACCGGAGGUGACAGGUGGGGGUGGCGACCGGAGGUGGUGGUGUUGCUUGGUCUUAGUCGCUAAAAAAAGGAUUUUAUCAAUGGAGUUGCAGAAGGAGACACAAAUAGCGUAAACCGGAAAAGAAGGGAAAAAACGAUCUAAAGAAGUUAGGGUUUAGCGACGAGUAGCGACGACACUUUAGUCAUUUUGAUAAAAAUAGUAAACCGCAACAUCUGAACGAUUCAUGUCAACCUGUCCCAAGGCCCAUGUGGGAGUUUAAUCGCAGAACACUAGUAAUAUGUUGGGUGUACCAGAACCGUGGACCUCAUGUGCGCCAUUCCACUCCUUAUUUUGGUGAGCAUUAGCGGCAAUAUCAUGACGCUACUAUUGGUGUAACAAUAACUAACCUUUGCAAUGGAGGGCAAGGAUCGACUUUAGCGAAAGCACACGAGUGGGGAGUUUUGGGCAAUAAGGCGACGCUUUUAGCGGCGACUUAGGCUUUAGCGGAGACUCCAAUCGUGUUCUGCUAACGUCGCCGCUAAAACCUAAAAGCAUCGUCCUAUUUCCCGUAUUUUUUGUAGCGAUGAAUUGCAUUUUAACGGAUUCACCAAUAAAGAAGCUACAAUCCAAAGUGUUCAUAGCGAUGAAUCGCAUUUUAACGGAUUCUCCAAUAAAGAAGC